GGAAUAAGUAAUUGGAAAUUCUGUAACCGAGAACCGGGUGCCUAACCCUUUGGCUCUUUCCCCCCGAACCCCCUGCGGAGAGUCGAAGGGCCGAGAGACGGUGCCGGGAGAGUCACGUUUCGGAGAGGGAAGUGAAAUAAAGAGGGCGGCACCCGGGGGGACCUGUGCGUCAUUGAGGGACAGGAGCGGCCAGUGCGGAGGCGUGGGGGCCAAGAGCCGGAGGGGCCGCCAAGCGCCCGAGCCCGCUGCCCGUUCCGCUGCCCGGCAGCCUGCAACCGUGUAGGGCGCAAGAUGUGGCAGGCGACCCCGCCCCGACCCCGCGCGCCCUGCCGCUGGGCGCCGGCCCUGCUGGCCCUGCUGGCCCUGGGCGGCGCGGGGCUGUGCCACGCGAGCUCGCAGCCUGGGUACCACGCGCGGCCGAGCGCCAGGAACAAGAACUGGUGCGCCUACAUCGUGAAUAAGAACGUGAGCUGCACAGUUCAGGAAGGAAGCGAGAGUUUUAUUCAGGCUCAGUACAACUGUCCCUGGAACCAGAUGCCCUGUCCAUCUGCUCUGGUGUAUCGGGUGACCUUAAGACCCAGAUUCGUCACUAGGUACAAGACAGUGACACAGUUGGAAUGGAGGUGCUGUCCUGGCUUUAGAGGAGCAGACUGCCAAGAAGGUCCCAGAGACCCCCUGAAGACCCCCCGGCCCCCACCUGCUCGACCGAGAAACAACCUGAAGAAAGCCACAGAUACUGAUCCGAGCCGAGUCUCACAGCCUAAGGAAACUUUGUCCCCGACGGAGGCAGCGCAACCAGGUCAGGUAGCAGCAGACCCAAGACAAGGUCCUCCAGAACCUCAGCAAACGAAAGUCCAGGUGCUGGAGGAGAAGGUCGUCCGACUCACCAGGAUGGUGCUGGAUCUCCAGUCCUCCAUGGCAGGACUGAAGGAGAACCUCAAACACUCUAUUCAAGAUGACGGCGUCAAAGGGCCAGCCCCGUGGCUCGGUCACCUGCACCCUCAGCCGACCCCCGACAGCACCUUUGCGGGAGAGGCAGAGCCGAGCCAGCUUCCUGGCCUCCUCCAUAGCAAGGAGUCUGGUAUGAAAGACAUCAAGUCUGAAUUGGCUGAGGUCAAAGACACCCUGAAGACCAAGAGUGAUAAGCUGGAAGAGCUAGAUGGGAAGGUAAAGGGCUAUGAAGGGCAGCUCAAGCAGCUCCAGGAGGCUGCCCAGGGCCCCACAGUCACCAUGACAACCAAUGAGCUGUACCAAGCCUAUGUGGAUAGCAAGAUAGAUACCCUGAGAGAGGAGCUCAUGGAAGGCAUGGACCGGAAGCUGGCCGACCUGAAGAACACCUGCGAGUACAAGCUGGUGGGUCUGCAGCAGCAGUGUGACGACUAUGGGAGCAGCUACCUGGGGGUGAUAGACCUGAUUGGGGAGAAGGAGACGAGCCUGAGAAAAGACAUCGCCGACCUUCGAGCCCGGCUGCAGGACCCCUCAGCCCAACCAAGUUGCUGCGGCGGUCAAAAGGACGGCGACUUUGGCCAACAGAUCAAGACGUUAGACCAGAAAAUCGAGAGAGUUGCUGAGGCCACCAGGAUGCUGAAUGGACGGCUGGACAACGAGUUUGACCGCCUCUCUGUUCCAGAACCGGAUGUGGACUUCGACGCGAGGUGGAACGAGCUGGAUGCGAGGAUCAAUGUGACGGAGAAGAACGCAGAGGAGCAUUGCUUUUACAUCGAGGAGACCCUGCGGGGGGCCAUCAACGGUGAGGUGGAUGACUUGAGGCAGCUCCUCAACCAGAAAAUUCACUCCCUGGAAGACCGUCUGGGCAUCGUUCUGCAGGUGGCCAACAGCUCAGACGUGGAGUUGACACCAGUGAGCCCUGCCUUGCCGGGGCAGCCAGGGGCAGGGAAUGGGCAGGUCCUCCUGGAGCUGAGCCGCCUGAAGGACAAGGUUCAAGUGGUUGAGGACAUCUGCCUGCAGGGCCUGCCUCAUGGGAUAGAUGGCACCUUGCCAAGCGGAGAGGACCUCACACAUGUCAGCCUGAGCCUUUUGGAGUCGCUCAAUGAGACGAUGCACAGGCAGUUCCGGGAAACGGGCCGCAGCAUCCAAAAGCUCCGGGAGGACUUCCGCGCUCUUCAUUCUCGGCUGAACCGCUCAGAAUGCGAGGGGACUUGUUUGCAGGGCAGGGCGGGUGACGGCGGGCCAGGCGACAGUGCCGAAGCAAGCGGGUUUACUAAGACAGGGACACAAGAGAGGACAGAGGGGACUGUCCCUGCCCCCGGGGCCCCCGGAGCCCCCGGGGCUCCGUGCUGCGGCCAGCUGGAGGAACGCUGGCAGAGGCUGCAGACCCACGUGCUGGCCGAGCUGGACACAUGUAAGGAGAGCGCUCACGGGGUUCAGAGUGGGGUGUCCGCGGUCGAGGGCAGAGUGUCUCAGCUGGAGCAGACAUGCAGCAGGCUGGAUGCCAUCUCCGGGGGUCUGCAGAGGAUCAAGGAGGGGCUGAGCAAGCACGUGGGCAGCCUGUGGAGCUGCGUCCGGCAGAUGAACGGGACGCUCAGGUCGCAUUCCAGAGACAUUUCUGGCCUCAAGAACUCCGUGCAGCAGUUCUACAGCCACGUCUUCCAGAUCUCCACCGACCUGCAAGAUCUGGUCAAGUUUCAGCCAUCGGCAACAGAGGAACCCUCAGAAUUACCCCAGCCACCAUCUGGGAAGACCCCACUGGAACCCACCAGACCUUCAGAGGAGGCCCCCACUGAACCACCCCACCUGACCCCACCGCCGCCGGAGGACUCUUCCAGACCACCACAGACAGGCCAGCGGCCAAUCUUGCCCCAGAGGCCGCUGAAGCCGCCCCCUCUGCCUGCCUGGCCUGGCCGCCCAGGGCUGCCCUACCUGCCUGGCUCUAGUGGGGUCAUCAUGGAGACUGGAGAAGCUGGGCCUCCAGGAAGGAUGGUCAUGUCCGGAAGGGGCCUGCCCCAGGGAGUGGAUGGACAGAUGGGGCAGGGGCCCAUUCCCAGCUCGGAAGGCUAUGCAGGUGCCCCAGGCUACCCCAAGUCACCUCCUGCAGCCACCCCAGGAGUGCCACUGCCUGCUCUGGUGUCCUUUUCAGCCGGUCUUACCCAGAAGCCUUUUCCCAAUGAUGGAGGUGUCGUCCUCUUUAAUAAGGUGCUGGUCAACGAUGGGGAUGUAUACAACCCCAACACUGGGAUCUUCACGGCACCGUUCAACGAGUGGGCGCACUUAUUCACGUGCCAAGAAACGCAGCCCAAGUGCUUCAGCUGCUUGGAGGCAAGCGACCUGACACAAGAACGCAUUUUGUUUGGGCCACCUCGUGUUCCUCCGAACCUCCUGUUGUGUGUGACUCGAACUCCUACUGGCAUACGGUUGUGGACCUUACUACCCUCUCCGGUGGAUCUAGAGGUGAGGGUACCCGUGUUCACAUUCUCCGGACACACACGGCAAAAAGUGAAAAAUGAAGCCCCUGAACGGGCUCAUGGCGGCCCUGGCACAUAUGGCAGGAGAACAGAUGGUCAGGAACAGCAAUCCUUGACGUCUUGGGGGAUAGUGUAA